AUGGCCCCGUCGCCGCCCCUUUGCCUCGUCGCCGCCCUUCAGCGGCCCCAUUGCCGCCCUUCCACGGCCCCGUCGCCGCCCUUUCGCAGCCUCGUCGCCCCCCUUCAGCGGCCUCGUCGCCACCCCUCAGCGGCCUCGUCGCCGCCCUUCAGCGGCCUCAUUGCCGCCCCUUGCGGCCCCGUUGCCGCCCUUCGCGGCCCUGCCGCCCUUCCUCGGCCCCUCAGCCGCCCUUCCCGGCCCCGUCGAGCAGCCGAGCCGCCGUCACCGCCGAGCCGCCGAGCCGCCCUUGCCGCUGUGCCGCCGAGCUGCCGAGCCGCCGAGCUACCGAGCCGCCGAGCCCCUGAGCUGCCGAGCCGCCAAGCCGCCUUGCAGCCGAGCUGCCGAGCCGCCGAGCCGCCACGCCACCGCAGCCGAGACGCCGCAGUCCCUACCGUCGCGGUCCUGUCCCUGCCGGCCUGCCUCGGCCCGCCCCACCUGCUUGAUGAUUUGCAGCUUUUCCUACAGUGCGAUAGGACAGACGGUCUCUCUCUGUUUGACCUCACCUCUGGUGCCUCUCCUGCCCCUGCUGUUGAUGCUGACGCCACUGUUCGCUCACAGUGGACCACGAGCGAUGCUGCUGCUUGCCUUGCUGUGCGCCGCCACUUACCGACCGCUGAACGCGCGCAUUUUAGUCAGUACAAGAGUGCUAAGACCUUGUACGACGCUGACGUUGCACGCUACUCUUCCCCUGCCACUGCUGCUCUUAGCCGCCUCAUAAUGCCGUACCUCUUCCCUGACCUCGCCGCUUUUCCCACAGUCGCUGACCUCAUUACGCACCUUCGCACUAGUGACAUUCGCUACCGCGCUGCGCUUCCCGCUGAGUUCUGCGCCAAGAACCCCCCCCCCAUGUACAUCACCCUCUACUACAUAGUCACCCAGCUCCUUGACACCCUUCGCUCGGUCAGGGACCACUUCCUCUCUGUUUUCCCCACAACCCUCACCAUUGACCUCCUCGAGGAGCGCCUCCUAGCAGCAGAAAAGAGUAUAGUCGCUGUAGGAGCCUCUCGUGGUGACCCUCAUACCCCUGUCUUUGAGGGGUGCUCCCCCUCCCCCCUCUUGCCCUCUGUUGCCUCUUCUGCUGCGGGUGACCUCGUUGGUCUUGAGUCGGUCGGCGCGGCAUCUGCCCCUAGCGGGAAACGCCGCUCAAGCAAGGGCAAGGGGGGCAAGGGCGUUGGAGGAGCUGGCGCGGGCGGUGGAGGCGGCAGUGGAGGCGGCAGAGGGGGUGGGGGUGGCGGUGGGAGUGGUGGCGGGAGUGGGGGCACUAGUGGCGGCAGUGGAGGCGGAGGAGGCGGCGGCGGUGGCGUUGCGAGCGGAGGUGGUGGAGGUGGAGGCGGUGGUGGAGGUAGCGGGGGCGUAGGUGGAGCUGGUCGAGGCGGCUCUUCGCAGAGGGUCGGCUCCGGUGGUGGUCAACGCCAGCAGCAGCAGCAGGAGCGCACUCGUAAAACCCCUUCCCCCCAGCAGCUUCGUGAGUGGUACACUGCUCGUCAGCGGGGUUGGGGUGCUGGCCCCUGUACUUACUGUUUUCCGCCUGACCCGGGCAUUGAGGCUGCUGCUCUAGGUGCUGGUGAGGCUGCUGCUCUAGGUGCUAGUGAGCCUGCUCCCCCAGGUGCUGGUGAGUCUGCGCUCUCAGGUACCGCGUCGGCUCCGGCCACCCACACCUUCACCUUUGACUCGGGUGCUUCCCGCUCCUUCUUUCGAGACCGCACCACACUUACGCCGCUUAGUCGGCCAGUGGCAGUCCCCCUGGCAGACUUCUCUGGGGGUCCUGUCCUUGCCCACUUCUCCACUAUUCUACCGUGUCCGGCGAACCCUUCUGGCACCCUGUCGGGUCUUUACCUCCCCUCGUUCUCUACGAACUUGGUGAGUGGUGCUGACCUCCAGGAUGGAGGGGCUCACCACUUCACUCCUGCGAGUCAGCGAGUGACCCACUGUACCUGUGCUCGGACGGGCCGUCACUUGGCCACGUUUACCCGUCAGCCGGGGUCGAGCCUGUACACACUGACUACUGAGUCUCCUCCGGUCGCUGAGUCUGCUCAGGUAGCCGCGUCGGGUCAGGUGUUUGCUGCACCGUUGUCACAUUUGCAUGAAUGUGAAGGGUAA